CCUGACAUGGCCCCUUCCUGCUACUUCCUCAGCUCGUUCUCAAAAUUCAGGGUGGUGGGACAGAGUGGCGAUGGGCCGCUCCUUGCCGCCUUUCCUCCCUCCCUCCGCGCUUGCUCUCUCGCCGCUCUUGGUUUCGACUUCGGGGGAUCCCUAGGCCUAGUUUGGUCUCCGGGCCAGGCCGUUGGCGUUGCUAUGGCAACGGGACUCUGGGCGCGGCCCAGCCGGCGGGAGGAAUCUCAACCGGCCGCUGCUCAUGGAGGCCGGCGGAGGGGAUAUGCUCAACAGCAUGUGGUGGAAGGUCUUGAACCUAGAACAACCUACAGAUUUCGACUUAAAGUGACAGAUCCUUCAGGGGAGUCCGCUUACAGUACACCUGUUUGUGUAACCACAACAAGUGAACCAAUGAGUGGAGACCAUCUCCAUCGUGCUGUUAGCAGAAAUGAUGUAGAUCAAGUCCUUACUAUUCUUAAAGGAAGGCAAGUGGUGGUAGAUACACUCAAUAAACUAGGAUUUACAGCGUUGAUGGUUGCUUCACAAAAAGGAUAUACUAGACUUGCACAGAUUUUGGUAGAAAAUGGAGCAGAUGUGAACCGGAAGAAUGCCAGUGGGAAGGACAGUUUAAUGAUAGCUUGUUAUGCUGGUCACCUGGACAUUGCUAAGUAUCUCAGAUCCCAGGGAGCUUCUUGGUUAUCCAGAGACCUUGGGGGAUGUACAGCUAUGCACUGGGCUGCUGACGGAGGACAUGUCGAUGUUAUUGAGUGGAUGGUCAAGGAUGGUUGUCAGAUUGAUCCUAAAGACACAGGCUUGGAGUGGACUCCGCUGAUGAGACUAUGUGCAAUAACAGGAAAAGCAGAUGUGGCCACAACUUUACUAGACGCUGGAGCUGAUGUGAAUGUAAAAGAUAAGGAUGGCAAGACACCUCUCAUGGUGGCAGCAUUAAAUAACCAUGAAGAAUUGGUAGCAUUACUUCUAGAAAGAGGAGCAGAUCCUGAUGUUAAAAAUGAGUUUGGCAAAGGUGCCCUGGAAAUGGCUAGAGGCAUGAACAGACAGAGUGUGGUUUCAAUAAUAGAAGAAAGGAAAAGACAAUUAAGUAAUGUGAACGUGGAUUCUUCCGCAUCCUCUGCUACAAUUGUGUGAAGCAGACAAUUUGAAGCCUAAUCUUACCUACGAAGGAGAAUAUCAAGUGAAAUACCUUUCAUCAGAGACAAUUCUUACAUUUGGCUGAGAGUGAAGAACUGGUAAGUGAUGAUACAUCCAAACAUGUAUGUGUGAAUCAGCCUUAACAUGUAUGAGAUAAACAAUUUAACUCCACUGAAAAGCAGUGGGCCUUCAGGGCUCCAUUGACUGCCUUUCGUUUCACUGGAAUGAAAGCAUACAUGACCUUAUCUAAUAACGCAAAAUUGUUUGAAAGGUGCAGCCGCUGCUUUAAAAUGCUUAAUUAAUUAAUUAGAUCUCUGAUCCACUCUUUACCAGUAUGUCUUAGGGCAGGUUACCACUUUAACAGACCGUGUGUUGCUUCUCCUUGCUGACUCCACAACAAGAGGUUCCCCUUGCUCACAUCACAGUAAGAGGUUUAAAAGCAUUUUCUAGUGUGGGAAGCUGAUAGAUACAAAAACAGCCCGAGAAAGCAAGCUGCCAUGAAAUUCAGGAGAAACCUAGUGUUUGCUGAAGGCUAAUAAACAUAAGUAUUUGCAUUCAGCUUUGAAGUAAUCUUGCCUAUUUAAAAGGUAUGUUACAAUCCUUUGUGGAAAUAUUAUGACUGUUUUGUAUUAUGUGCUGACUAGCAUAUUGUAUCUUUAGUCCUGACUAAAUAGUAUAUAUGGCCUCACCUAUCUCUCUCUGGUUAAAAAGAUACUUAUGCAUGACUAGUUUUACCAUGAUGGGGAUGCACAUUAAAUUGCAAAUUGCACUGAAGAUUUGCAGUGUAAAUAUAUGAGAGCAACAGUCAGUUACAAAUUCUGCUGCAUGUUUUGAUGCUCUUUACCCAGUAAAUGAUAAACAUAGGGAAGAAAUAGGGAAGAGCACCUACAGAUCCCCAUGGUGAUAUGCAUUUAAAGCCUACCAAUCUGAUUUCCAUUUUGCACAUGCAGUGGCACAUAGUGUGAACUGAGCUAGGCAGAGGAGGAUCAUGUUCCUCAUGUGAAACCACCUGCCUUUUGUAAAGCACAGAGUGUUCAUUGAUUGAACAGUUCAGUUCUUAAAUAGUAUUGCUUUAGCUCUUUCAUGAUCAGGAAUAGGAAAAAAUAAUGUAGUGAUUAAAAAGGGAAUUUACAAACCCCAACAUCUUUUUACGGCAAUCACGCCCAAGGAUUUGAUUCCUGCUAAAUAAAAUAAAAUGCUACUUUAGUAAUAAUCAAGUUGGGGUUUCUUAUUAAUGGCAGUCAAAUGAAACAACAUGGAGUGAAGAAGUAAGGUGCUGUUAGAAAAAUAAACUACUCAAGAUGCAUGAAAGGUAAUUUAAAGAGCCCCAACAGCACCUGCUUUUCAUUUAAAAUGAAAUGCCAAAUCCUAUCUUUAAAAAGUUGAGUGCUACCAUCAUCAGCAACUCUCCUCAUUUAGCAUAAAUGUUACAUUGACAUUUUCCAGAAUGUCUUAUUGUGUAAUUACUGAUACUAUAAUUUAUAUCAUAUGCAAGCUUCAGGAGCAAAACUGGUUUCUGUGGAUUCUUUUUUGCUUUAUUGGUUUUGGUGAGGUUGAGGAUAUAUUUUAUUUGCUUUGUUCAUAAGCAUGACUGUGUGGUUGCCUAGUUACAGGGCAAAGUAAUUGGGAAAGUUAAAUUACUUACUGGAAAAAGACAAAAGGUCUUCAAGUUCUGUUUCUCUGUCUGAAGAAGCACAGACACUUUGGAUAUUAGCACACUGCAUAGGCAGGAGUAAUGGCCAAAGGUUUGGUGCUGGAAAUAGUUAUAUAGUGUGGAACAAAUAAUUUGCCAACAUUAUGUUGUUAUGAAAGAGAAUAUGUAAGGUGAUUUUCUUUUGCAGGGGUGGAAAUGAGAGUAUCACCAAUAUCAACUGUGGUAUUGGUUCAAUACCCGCAAAAGGGAGGGAGAAAGGAGAAUAAAGCUAGUUCUAAUUGACUAUUAUGAAUAUGACAGGGGUUUUUUCCCCAUAAAUAUGCUGAGCUGUAGGUGGAAAGGAGUCCAUGUCUGGACUCCCAGUUCUAUCUGGGCCAUCCCAGUUGCCCCACCAGCUUGGACUUUCAAGGCUUGCUAGCUUGGCAGUUUGAAAGUUUAUAGCCUUGUUUGCUGAGUACAAGUAAAAUAUGCAUGCUACAUUAGAACGUUUUCUAGUCUAGGGCAUCAGAAAAUUUCAAACUGAAAAAUCUCCUAUGCAAAUUCUUCUAAUUCCAAUUGUUUCCAGAAAAUCCACAGCAGUGUUGCUCAGAAACAGGAGAGAGACGAGGGAAACGCAGUAAACAAUCUCUAAAUUAUGAUCUA